AUGGCUGGUGCAAUUGCUUCCGCCAUCUACCAGCACGUUUCCCCUUCCCCCGGACCUCCGAUUAAUGGUCCCGAUCGCUCUUUACUCGCCUUGCUAACUAGAUAUUCUCGCACGGUUUCUAGGGGCCUCAUCCGCCGAAAUGCUGUCUACCUGACCAGCAUCUUCGCUGGCGCUUUCGCAUUCGAGAUUGCCUUCGAUUCCACCACCAACAAGAUCUGGGAUACCAUGAACCGCGGCCGCCAAUGGAAGGACAUCAAGUACCAGUAUGUCAACAAGGCUGAGGAGGAGGAUGACGAGUAAAUAUGAUAUUUGGAUAUUGAAUAGCGAUUGAAUGCUGCGGUACUACGGAGGAUGGUCGACUCAGACGUUAUACACCUAUACAUGGGGGAUGGAUGUGUUAUAAUCCCGGGUGUCUGUAUCAAAUAGAAUUUCGAAUCUGUAACCUGACCUUGAUUCCCAUGUCAAAUUCCCUUUCUGCAUCAGUAACUGUUCCAAUUGUGGCCGUGUGUUGUGUUGACACCUUCACUCCGGGUGGUGCGGUCGGUGCCGAGCUCGGCGGUUG